AUGGUCAUCGCGGGGGUCCUCAUCGUCAGCCUUGUAGGCAGCUUGCUUCUGUUGGUAGCUCGUUUCCCCGUCUUUCGCAGACCUACAGUCUCCCCUGGCCCAGAGCUCAGAUCGAGCACUCCCUCGGGAUCAGCUUCUUCAGCAGCACGUCCUACUCGUAUCAUCGUUGCAAUGACCGGUGCGACGGGCGCAAUUCUGGGAAUCCGUCUCCUCGAGCGACUGCGAGAACAGAAUGUCGAAACCCACCUGAUCAUCAGUCGCUGGGCUACCGAGACCAUUAAAUAUGAGACCCAGUACACAAUUAAACAGGUCCGGGCCCUUGCAUCCCGAUCUUACUCCGUGAACGAUGCCGCCGCAGCCGUGUCGAGUGGCUCGUUCCGGACCGAUGCGAUGGUUAUCGUGCCAUGCAGCAUGAGAACACUUAGCGCGGUGCGGACGGGAUUUGCCGACGACUUAAUAUGCAGAGCAGCCGAUGUAACGCUGAAGGAGAAGAGAAGAUUGGUGCUAGUUGUGCGAGAGACGCCGCUUAGCUGCAUUCAUUUGGAAAACAUGUUGGCAUUGGCUCAGUAUGGGGCGGUUAUCUUUCCGCCUAUGCCUGCCUUCUAUACCAUGCCUGAGGGGGUGGAGGAUAUUGUCAGGCAGACUGUAGGCAGAAUCAUGGACAUGUUGGGACUGGAAACCGACAGGUUUCAACGGUGGGAGGGGAUGGAGGGCGAGAGAAAACAGGUUAUGUGA